CUUCGUCUUCCUCCACUCGACGCAAGCACGCACAAAGAACACCGCCGCCACCUGGUUCUCGCUGCAAAAAUUUUGCCGCCGAGGUUAGGUAGGGCGGCCCGGUCCGCCACCGCUUCUCUCGAACACCCGAGUCCACUCCGCCCGCCCGCCGGACCGGAGGAACAAGGCCUUGCUUCCUUGCCAACAUGGCGUCGCCGGACGACCCCGUGCUAGCCGCUUGCAAGACCAACUUGAGCCACUUCAGAAUAAAAGAGCUCAAGGAUGUCCUGGAUCAGCUUGCACUUUCCAAGCAAGGAAGGAAGCAGGAUCUAGUGGACAGGGUUAUGCCAGUAUUGCUGAGUCAGCAAGAUCAAGCCUCAGAAGCGAAUGGUUUACCAAAGACAAAAUCAGUGGUCAAACUAGUGGAGGACACUUUUAGACUAUUGGGAAGAUGCUCCAGCAGAUCACCAAUAAUCUCCCCAAAUACAUGGGACCCACAUGUCAUGUUACAAUUUUUUCUUUCAUUUUCUCCCUCUGUAUAUGCACCUCAGUCUAUGGUUUAUGACUUGUGCUUUUACUUGUACUUAUACCUGCAGUUUAGCAAAAUAGUAUUUUACAUCCUUAGCUGUAGUUAUGAUAGCUCUGGUAGCUAUUCUGACAGUAAGCUCAAUUAUAUUAUAUCUGAACUAUUCCUGUUGGUAAUUCUUGCUUUGUCAGGUAUUUAUGUUAGGGUGGUUAACAGGCAACCCCAACAAAAGUUAGGGGCCAAUGGUAGAGACGAUGGUCCACUAUUAACAGAUUUCCUGAAGGAGGGACCUAACAAGAUUUCUCUGUCGAGAAAUGACUCUCGUACUUUCUGUUUGGGUAUCAGAAUUGCCAAGAGGAGAUCUCUAGAACAGGUCCUAAAUUUGGUGCCAAAGGAACAAGAUGGUGAAAAUUUUGAUGAUGCCCUUGCUCGUGUGCGUCGCUGUGUUGGUGGUGGAGCUGAGGCAAAUAAUGCAGACAGUGAUAGUGAUAUCGAAGUUGUGGCUGAUUCUGUCUCCAUGAAUCUUCGGUGCCCUAUGACUGCUUCAAGGAUCCAGAUUGCUGGUAGGUUCAAGCCCUGUGCUCACAUGGGUUGUUUUGAUUUAGAAGCUUUUAUUGAAAUAAACCAACGUUCCCGAAAGUGGCAAUGUCCAAUUUGCCUGAAGAAUUACUCUCUAGAGAACAUAAUAAUUGAUCCUUACUUCAAUCGCAUCACUUCUUUGAUCAAAAGCUGCAGAGAUGAUACGUCUGAAAUUGAUGUCAAGCCUGAUGGUUCCUGGAGAGUUAAGGGCAGAGCUGAACUAAAGGACCUUAUACAGUGGCAUCAACCAGAUGGUACUCUCUGUGUGGCCACAGAUACAGCAGCCAAACCUGAAAUUUGCAUUGUAAAGCAUGAGGUUAAAGAAGAGCCGCUGUCUGAAGAGGUGGGAUGUCUUAAUUUGGGACUUAGGAAAAAAAGCAAAGGCCAGUGGGAAAUUAGCAAGUUAGGGGAUGCUGAUCUGGUGCGAUCUUCUGGUAAUGACCAUUCAAGAUACAAUGAAAACAAAAAUGACAUCACUCUCUCAAGCAAUAUUGGUGAUACAAACAUUGCAAAUGAAGGUUAUAAUUUAGAGCCAGCAACAAAUGGUGAUCCUACAACUCAUGUCCAUGAUCUUGGUUCUUCAUCCUCAGAUGAAAAUGGUCCUUCAGCAUCAACAGGACAGGAUAUAAUAGUUUUGAGUGACUCAGAUGAUGAUGUCAUGGUGUUGUCUCCUGGUGCUGUGAACUGUGGCUCAACACAUGACACUGGAAAUCUGUUUUCAAUUAACACACCUGAAAAUUUAGGAGUGUGUAGCGAACAAACUGUUGAAUGCCCAAAGGAAAGCUCAUUUCUUGCAGUAAAAGAAGGUUUUGGUGACCUGGGAUUGUCCUUUUGGGAAUGUCCUGGGAGUCCCCGAGAUGAUCCUACUUCCCAGAUACUUGAUACCAGUACAAAGGCAACAGAUAAUUCAGGUGAAGUGGAAAACUACCCUGCCAAUGAUCAAUCUAUGCCAGGCUCAGUUUCUGGGGCUGAUUUGGGGGUACCAGCAAACCUGGUGGAAGAUGGGGAUGAUGGCGCAUUGCAACCUUGUUCAUUAAGUGAAAGAGAUAGUGCCAUGGGUCUUGCUAACCUGGGAGCAGACACUCAAACAUGUGGUGAUGUCCAUUCUGACAAAUGGACAGCUGUCAGCAUUAGUGUCUCUGACGAAGAUUUAACUAGUGCCAAGAUUGCAUCUAAGAAAAGGAGCAAUCCUGGAGACAGAAUAACAGCUUUAAAUGGUUCACUUGUCGGAAGUGCAAAGGAAGACGAGUGCACCGGAGAGAGGUCACCACUGCAGCAGCGACGUUCAGUUCGACCGAGAGUGAUACUAGACGUUGCCUCAGAUUCUGAUUAGCAUAAGUACAUUUGUGUUGGCUGCUGAUGCCCGUUAUAGAAUAUAUAUUUAUGUAACGGUCUCCUAACUGCUUGUGUGUGGCUUGGAGGAAAAAGGAAGGGGGUAGAGGCAUUAUUAGGUCAGCGAGCUGUAAUAGGCAGAGGCAUCUCCUGUAUUUGGAGAUCCCAGCUCUAUUAGGUUUGGUGGUAGUAGAAUGUCUUAACUCAAAAAAUGCAAAUACCAAGGUCCAAGGAGCACCUUAAUUAC